UAAAUAAGCUCGAAAGGGGAUGUCUUGGCGCGCCCUAAGCCCAGAAAAAGCCAGACAUUUCACACUCUCUCUCUUUCUCCACCGACCAUGGAGGAGACCGCCAUCAUUUCAAAACUUGAAGCCUCCAACUCCGCCGGCCUUCAUCCCCUAGUCGCCGCCUACCUUCAGCCCUUCACUGAACUCCAGAACCCCAAAAAAACAAAAAAAUCAACCAAAUCCCAAGACCACCAAACCCUCCUCCGCUCGCUCGCCAAGAAAUUCCUCCCCUUCCUCAACCGCACGCUAUCCCUUCUCCCCAAACGCCUUGCCGACCCCUCAAAGUUAGAUGACAGAUUUUCCCUCGAACUCUUCGAUAUUUAUCGGCUCUGCCUCGACUGCCUGGCCGCCGUGUCCUCUGUGUUGUCCGCUUCGCCGUGCUCGUUUCACUACCCGAGGGUGAGGAUGGUGAGUUGCCUCGUGGCAUGUGGGCGGUACAAGGAUGCGGAAAGUGAGGGAUUUAGGGUUUUGGAGAGCCUUAAGGCGAUUGAAUGUGGGUCGAAGAAAUCGGUGAAAUCGGAUCGGAGAUUUGUGCCGGAUGUGGAGAAGGGGGGCGGAGAUAAAGAUUUUGGGUCUUUGGUGGGUGAAAUUGUGGUGACGCUUGUGAAAUGUGCGGCCAUGAGUCAGAGUAAGGACAGUGAGGUGUUUGAGCGGGUGCUUUGUUUGGCUGAGGAGGUCAUGCCGUGGUUCCGGGUAUUAGAUGCAAGCACAUGUGAGAAGUUGCACAGGAAUCUGGUUGCCUAUCUGAGUAGGUGUACUCAAUUUUUAGUUGGGGAGCUAUCGGUCUUCAAUGGGGAUCUUGUGCAAAAGUUCUGCAUUGUAACCAUGACCGAGUAUGCUAAGUCGCCAAUGAAAGACACAAUGUUCAAGUUUGCCCGUACAAUAUGUUCAUCUUUAUUCUUGUUUCAAGAGGAUACAUUCACACUCACUCGCAUCUUAUUUUGCUUGUUGGACUCCCUUGUCCACGAAUGUAAGGCUGAAGUGGAAAAUACAGGAAAAGAGUUAGUUGAACUUAUUGCUUAUUGUGCCAAGAAAUGUCAAACUACAAACACAAACCUUUGCGGUAUUAUUGGAUCUCAUUUAAAUAAGUUAGCAGGUGAUUUCCAUCAGGCUGGAACACCUUUUCAGUUAAUUCUGAGGGUUUAUGCCACUGGAUUGCACUUUGUUGAUCGUAGUAUGAAGUCAAAAGUUGGUCAUUUUCAAUCCUUUGAAGGUGCAAUUAGAGUUUUGCUUGAUGAUGGGGACACAGUGAAUCGCUUGUCCGGUUUGCUUGGUUCAUUGAGAAGUUAUUUCCAAAUUGGCUGCAAUGAUGACUCUUUGUUAUCCAAUUCGCAAUUGAGUUCGGACAGUGGGGACUCAUUGAUUCAAAUGCAGAAGGAUAGAAAGAACUAUCUUCUGUCUUAUUUUAAUGCAUUGAAAUUCUUAUGCCAGCCGCUUACAGAGUUUGUAAAUUCAGGAAGGAAACAGAUUAUUACUAAUAAUGAAGCUGCUUCUGUUUCUACUGAAGUGUGCCAUAUCCAGGGUGCAUUCCAUCAGUUUUGUGACGUUUUUCUUUCUCUUAAAAUGUACAGAUGUACAUAUGAGGUGGAUAGAGAUGGAUUUGAUGGAAACAGCACCCUUGAUGUUGCUGUGGCUGCUUUUACCCUCUCCAUCAUAACAAAGCUGAACAUUCAGAAGAGUGUGCAAAUACUUGAAAAUGUCAUCACCAGUGUUUGGAUUCAACCUCAUGGUCUAAAGCAUCUGUAUGUCUCUCUGUACAAUAUCGGGGUACAUUUGUACCGGAACAAGGAGCUAAAAGAGGCAUCACAGGCCUUGAACUUAUGUUGUAAGGCAUCAUGGACUCGUGUUAUACGUCUUUGUGAGAUGUUUGUACACAAACAAGAGGCGUCCGAGGUUGAUCUGUCAGAAGAUGCCAUUUUAGAUUUCUAUAAUGAGUGCUGUACGAGAAGUGCUUUUCUUUUGGACGUUCUUAAUGAAUUGCAGAGUUAUGAUGCGAAAAGAACUUUAUUAGAGAGCCUUGAAAAUUGGUCCAUUGCUGCAAACUUGUUUGGGAGGCUGCCAGGUCCUAUGGCUGUGGUGAAGCAGUGGGUUAAGAUGGAAUGUAAGCGUUACAAGGAUGUGAAUGUUGAAGAUGAUGCUCCAACCUUAUACAGUUUGUUAUUGUCUUAUAAGAAAGUCCCAAAGAAGAUUAACGAAACCGUUUUGGAACAGGAACUUCUUGCUUAUGAGGGAAUGACUGCUGUGAACCCUAAGUUUUGUCAGAAAAUGCAAAUGAAAAUUAUAGAUUUCCUGCUGAAAGAUGUGUAUGUCACACCAAAUAGUUGGUUACAAAAAUCAAGAAUUUUGUUGAAAAAGGGAAGGGCAUUAAGGCUUUCUGGAAGCGAAGGUCUGAAGGACUGUAUUCAGUGUUUAUCGGAUGCAAUAUGUUUACUUAGUGAGAUGUAUGAUGAAACCUGUACCCAUGAAAUUUCUCCUUGCCAUCAAUUAGCUGUGGCAUAUUGCUUACGUGCACUUUCUACCCAGGAAGCUGAACCCAACUCAAAGCAAGUGCUUGAAGAUAUCAGUGCUGCCAUUAAUCUAUGGUUGGGCAUUUCUACUCCUGAUAAUUGCUCUCCGGCUGACAAGUGCUCCAUGUUGUCUGAAAAUACUAUGUUGCUACUUUACAAUGUCAUUGAUUUGUUAUCUGUCAAGGGUUGCAUGGACUUUCAUAAUGAUAUACAUAAGCUUAUGAUUAUAUUAUUUAAAUGGAGGAAUGUCCCAUUAGAGAAGUGCGUGGCCAGAUUUUGGGAAUGUAGGAGGAUUAGCCAUGCCCUUUGUGCCUCACCUGUAAAUGAGACAUUCAUUAUGAACUUAUCAGAUCAUUGUGGUGAACUUUCAAAGUCUAAUGCUUUUUGGAUAGAUUCUCUAAAGGAUUCCACACCAUUACUAUUAGUGUUCCAACAUAGUUUCUCAUUUCUGUUUCCAAACUUUUCUCGGGGCCCAUGGAAUCGUCAAAGCUUGUUUCGAUCAGAUAUCACAAUUGAUGAAGUUAAGGAAGCUGCUUUUGGACUUAUAUCACAGGCUCCUGUAUCGACUUGGUCUGCUUACAUGGCUGGAUAUCUCUACUAUGAUUUAUCGGAAAGACUUGUUUCAAAUGGACGGUUAAUUGAGGCUCUCUCAUAUGCAAAAGAAGCUCACAACUUACGUGCUAAACUAUUUGGAGGGAAAUUUAUGUUCUCUUCUGAGCGACAGCCCAAAAAGUACAAUGAAGGGGGUAUUUGUCAGGAGUUAACAUAUAGCAUUCAUGAUAUGCAUAUGCAAAGACAGGUUGUUAGUGAAGUUUGGCUUUUUGAUACUAGUUCAUGUGACCUGGAAAGCUAUUAUCUGAGUCCAUGGAAUGCUCAAUGUUAUCUUGAGAGCACUCUUCAGGUAGGGGUUAUCCUUGAAAUAAUUGGUAAAGGAGCUGAGGCUGAAGGUUUUUUACAAUUUGGAAAAGCUUUUUCCUGCUCACAGAGCUUGCCACUAUUUACAAUUGUUUUUUCUACUGUCUUGGGAAAGCUUUACCACAAGCAGCAACUUUGGGAUUUGGCGGAAAAGGAACUGCAAAGUGCCAAGCAAUAUUUUGGGGCUUGCAGCACAGAUCUUUCUUGCAUGAAAUGCAGAUUGUUGCUGGAAGCAACUGUUAAUCAGAAUCUUGGUGAUUUAUAUCAAAGCAUUUUUGAAAAUACAAGAAGUACAUCGUCAGAUAAGUUGUCGCAUGCUGAAAACCUGUACAAAUCAGCCAUUGCCAUACUAAAUCUUUCUGAGUGGAAAAAUUCUGUUAGUUGUCCAGAAGAAGAGUGUGUUGAAUGGACAAUGCCUGGAAAAGCUAGUUUUAAAGACGUUGGAUAUUGUGUUAGCAGUAUAUAUACUGUUUCUGAAGAAAAACAGCGGGAUAAUAGAAAACCCACUAAGGAGGGCCUGAAAAGCAAGAUGGAUGCUAAAAAAUGUAAAAAGACCAAAAAUGCACCAAAACCGGUCGUGAAGAAUCAGGUUUCAGUACCUGAGCACAAUUUGAGGGUAACUCGGUCUAGAUAUCAAUCUUCUCAGAACCAAAGCAUAAGUGGAAAUGGCAUCGUCCAACUUGGUCCUUCAAAACAUCUGCAAGGAAAAAGUGAGCGUGAUAGCCCUGAUACUUUUAGCAAGAGGGAAUUUCUUUUGGAUUUAAAAAGCUGUGAGGUUGCUUUUGGGUGCAAUGUAACUUGCAUUUGCAACCAAAUGAGGUGUUGGCAAUGUCUUCCUAUGGAAGUUAUGGAAUCUGGGUUAGUGACAGACUUAGUACAUUUAAAAUGGGAGUUUGUCCGCAGGCGUUUAUCACUCAGGCUUCUCACAGGAUUAGGAAAAUGCUUGGAGACUCGUGGUCAAAUUCAUGAGACACAUGAAAUUAUAGUGCAAACUGUAUCAGUCUUGGUCAGCCGAAACCCAUUUUGUCCUAUUACCUCAACUGUUCCAUUGACUUCCUUGCUUGAUUUAAUGGCAAAGGAGAUCCCCGGGGAUGUGUUCUGUGUUGAACGGGCAGAAGUACUGUUGAACAUAAGUUGGUUGUCUUUGAAGAGUUACUGUUCUAAGGAAACCAGGAGUAUGUGCUCUGAUCUGCCUCAUAUUCAGCUACCAAAACUAGUGUCUUGGUUGAUGCUAGCUUUUGUUCUCUGCCGCGAUGUUCCUGUACUUUUCCAGAAGGUUUCCAGAUUGCUUGCAGCUAUAUUUGUGCUUUCUGCCUCAAGUGAUCUUUUUUCUUUGUCGUCUUCUUCUAAAACUCUCCGUGAAAACCAUUGGGCUUCUUAUUUCCAUCAAGCUUCACUUGGCACUCAUCUUAGUUGCCAAUUUUUCACAAAUAUAUCUGGGAUAUGUAAUGUUCAGCACCUUGUAAACACUGAGGGUUCACAUGUUCCUGGCUCAACUUGUUUGGGAUCAGAAAAAAGGAAUUUACUCAGGCUUGCACCUGAGUCUAUUCAAGAACUUGAAGGAUUUGUAACACUGUUUUUUGCCGGCCUUCCUUGCAAUACAAUUAUCUGUAUAAGUUUGCUCGGAAGCCCUUAUGCUAGUUUCCUACAGGAGCUGUUGUCCUUUCAUACUUGUGUUCAUGCAUGGAUUCUUGUAUCACGCUUGAACUUGAAGAGUCAACCUUUCAUUAUGCUUCUACCUGUGGAUUCAGUAUUAGAAGGAGACUCCUCUGAUGAUACAAGUUCUGGUUCUGUUAGUGUUUCUGAAGGAAAGGUUGGAAAGCGUUGGUGCUGCCCAUGGGGUUCCACUGUGGUUGACAGGGUAGCUCCAGAAUUUAGAAUGAUAUUGGAGGAGAGUUAUUUGUCUUCUUCAAUCGAAGAAGAAGAAGAUACAAAAGAGAAUAGGGCGUUAUGGUGGAUGUGGAGAAAUAAGCUUGAUCGUCGCCUCUGUAAAUUGUUGAAGAACUUAGAAGAUUUAUGGUUUGGUCCUUGGAAAUAUGUGCUUCUGGGAGAAUCGUCAAACUGCAAGCAGCUGGACUUGGUACAUAAGAAGCUGGCACGGGAUUUGAAAUCUAAGUGCAAAAUGGACAUAGAUGAGAGUCUUCUGAGAGUCAUUCUUGGGGGUUCCAAAUAUGCCUUUGAAGGAGGAGGUGCAUAUGUUUCACAGCUUUGUUUCAAGAAAGGUUGCUAUAUUGGUAAAGCUGGAUGUUCCGAGGAAAACAAUUGGUUGGCAUCACCUAAUGAAUCUAAUGGUUAUCAGAAACUAUCUGAAUUGGCUUUCCAACUAAUACAGGGAGCAGUGAAUGAGCUUGAAGGGCUAGAUACUGUAAAUAGAGAGCCCAUCAUUCUAGUGCUGGACUUCGAGGUGCAGAUGCUUCCUUGGGAGAAUAUACCGAUACUAAGAAACCAGGAGGCUUAUCGCAUGCCUUCUGUUGGGAGCAUCUUUGCAACGCUGGAGAAGAAUUACCAUCAAGAUAAAGUUGCAUGUAGUACUAAGAAACCAGGGGGCUUAUCGCAUGCCUUCUGUCAGGAGGCUUCAUUCCCUUCGAUUGAUCCAUUGGAUGCAUUUUAUCUCCUGAACCCAGGUGGUGAUCUAGGUAUCACACAAAUCGAAUUUGAGAAGUGGUUCAGAGAUCAAAAUUUGGAGGGGAAGGCAGGAUGUGCACCCCCUGCUGAAGAAUUGGCAGAAGCCUUGAAAAGCCAUGACCUCUUUAUAUAUAUCGGCCACGGAAGUGGGGUGAACUAUAUUCCCAUGCAUCAGAUUCAGAGUCUGGAAAAUUGUGCUGCUACGCUUUUGAUGGGAUGUAGUAGCGGUUCUCUGACACUGAAUGGUUGUUAUGUUCCACACGGUCCCGCACUAUCUUAUCUGCUGGCUGGUUCUCCUGUCAUUAUUGGAAAUUUAUGGGAAGUGACAGACAAGGACAUCAACCGAUUUGCAAAGGCCAUGCUUGAUGGUUGGCUAAAAGAAAGAUCGAGUUCCUCUGAGGGUUGUGCCGAAUGCAAAGUAGCAGAAGAAUUUGAGGCAUUGAGCAUUAGGGGCCGUCAAGGUAUUGCCAAGAAGAAAGUCUCGAGGAAGAAAUUGCCUGAAGCUUGUGAAAGUGAUCCAAUGACGUUUUCUUGUGAUCAUAGGCCGAAGAUUGGAUCAUUCACGAGUCAAGCACGUGAAGCUUGCAGUCUUCCUUUCUUAAUUGGAGCAUCACCAGUAUGUUAUGGUGUUCCUACAGGCAUAAGGAGAAAAGAUUUGUAGCACCAUAUCAUGUGGAAAAUGGCAUGCUCUCCAAGUUCAUCAAUGCUGUGGGCUUUAAGUUUCGAGUCUCCGAUUUUAGCAACCAAUUAUAGGCUGGAAACUUAAGGUGUGCGUUCUAACAAGAAUCAACAAACAUGUUGUCUAGUAUACAUGUCAAUACGAACUAAUUUCCUUCUUUUCCCUACAUUUGAUUACAUGUAUUUUGGCCUCUUUUUUCGUUGCGCCAUUUAUAGCACAGUUCAGAAAUGCUGGAAUUCGGACAUGGUUUUUUUUAGCGGCAUAUGCCGUGCUGUUGAACUAUUAGAACGCUGGUAGAGAAAUGACAAUCUGUACAUGAUUUUCC